CGUUACUGUAUGAUGAUCGCCAUCUUUCCUUUUCUUUUUUCUUUUUUUUUUUCACUUUCAGUACCACUUUUUUCCUUCUUUCAAUCCUAUCAAGCUCUCGGCUUAGGACAUGAAUCUGGAAUUACUAGAUCCGUGGGAGCAGGAAUACCCUCAAGUCAUCGAAGAAACAUUAGAAGAUGGCUAUAUACUCCAUUCUAAAUUCAACAGACGGGGCACACUGCUUGCUGCAGGAUGCUUAGACGGUCGAUGCGUGGUGUGGGAUUUUGAUACCAAAGGCGUAGCCCGCAAUCUUACUGGUCAUGUCAAACCAGUGGCAAGUAUUAGUUGGUCACGGAACGGAAGGUAUCUGCUGUCAGCCUCCAAGGAUUGGACGUGCAUAUUGUGGGAUCUGAUAACUGGCGCCAAACACACCAAAAUUCGAUUUGACACACCGCUGAUGAUGGCGCAAAUGCAUCCAAAGAAAAAUUUCCGAUUCGUGGCCGCUUUAUUUCAAGAAAAACCCGUCAUCCUUGAUCUAUCGAAUGGCUCAGCACAAAAGAUUGCUCUGCCGACGGGAGAAGAGAAUGAAAACACAACAUCUUAUGUCACGUUCGCGACUUGGAACAAGACAGGUCACCGGAUAUAUACCGGCUCUUCCAAGGGUUAUGUCAAUAUCAUUGACGCGGAAAGCUUAAAGAUCAUUCAUUCGAUGCGUGUGGCUAGUACCACAAUCAAGUCUAUCCAAUGGAGUCGCAACGGACGUGAUAUAUUGAUCAAUGCGAAUGAUCGCAUUAUCCGAUAUUAUCGACUUGAAGAUCUGGACGGCAUUCCCACAUUUCAAGUCAAGUUUCAAGAUCUUGUUAACCGAGUUCAGUGGAGUCAGGCUUGCUUCAGCGCUGAUGGGGAAUUUGUGAUUGCAGGAUCAGCCCACAAAGCGGAACAUAACAUCUAUAUUUGGGAUAAAAACAUCGGGAAUCUGGUCAAGAUUUUGGAAGGUCCCAAAGAACCAUUGGAUGAUUUAGCAUGGCACCCUGUAAGGCCGAUCAUUGCUUCCGUGAGCAGUUAUGGUAACAUCUAUAUCUGGACCGCGAAACACGAAGAAAACUGGAGCGCAUUUGCACCUGAUUUCACCGAACUGGAAGAGAACUUGGAAUACGAGGAACAGGAAGACGAAUUCGAUGUGGUAUCAGAGGAGACGGUUUCAAAACGAAAAAAUGAUGAUGAAGACAUUGUUGUGGAUGUGACCACGUGUGACAAGAUUCAAGCGUUCCUGGAUUUGGAUGAUGAAGAAGGAGGAGAAGAAGAAGUGUUUUACUUGCCAUCCUUACCAUACGAUGACGCGGACGUUUUCCCUGCGAAAGACGAAGGCGAUGGCUCCACCUCAUCAAAAAAACGAAUGAAAAAAGCACACAAAGGGUCAUUCUCUCCUGCGUCAUAAGACGUCAUCCUACUCCAUAUCAUUGUACAUAAAUUUCUCUUACUUUUUCUUUGUGUUAGAUCCGUUUGACAUGUCAUUUUUAGCGUUCUAUGCAGCUUGAAACGCCUUACGGAAUUGCCUGUAUCUGUCUGUGCGUAACGCUUUUGUUGGCCUAAAGUUGAUAAGCAAGCGAUUGGAGCCGUACUGAACAUGAAAUACUCAUGUGGCAAAAUAUAUAUCCGUUGUUGUUGUUUUAUUUCCAUUCUAGAGUAGCAUGCAUAAUUGCGCUUGAUGGUUCGAUUUAGUAGUGAGUAG